UUCCAGCGCUCCAAUAGUCAUGACAAAGUGAGGAGAAUUGUUGCAGAGGAGGGGCGCACAGCAAGAAACCUAAUAGCUUGGAGUGUUCCACUAGAAAGCAAAGAUGAUGAUGGAAAAUCUAAGUGUCAUACUGGAGGGAAAUCGAAGAGAACAGUUCAAGGCACUCAUAAAACUCCAAAACAGAACACUGUGGUAGACUGUAAAAUAUCAUCUGCAACUGGAGAUAAGCAUUUUGAUAAAAGCCCCACUAAAACACGGCACCCUCGGAAAAUUGACCUAAGAGCUCGAUACUGGGCAUUUCUUUUUGACAAUCUUCGCCGGGCAGUGGAUGAGAUCUAUGUAACUUGUGAAUCAGACCAGAGUGUGGUGGAAUGUAAGGAGGUGCUAAUGAUGCUGGAUAAUUAUGUAAGGGAUUUCAAAGCAUUGAUUGACUGGAUCCAACUUCAGGAAAAGCUGGAGAAGACAGAUGCCCAAAGCAGACCAACUUCAUUGGCCUGGGAAGUAAAGAAGAUGUCUCCAGGACGCCAUGUGAUUCAGAGUCCAUCAACAGAUAGAAUAAGUGUAACAUCAAAUGCUCGGAGAAGCUUAAAUUUUGGGGGUUCACCUGGCACAGUUGCUGCACCCCGACUGGCUCCCACAGGUGUUAGUUGGGCUGACAAGGUGAAGGCUCAUCAUACAAGCUCUGCUGCUCCUUCAGAUGUCACAUCUAGCCAGUCUUGCCCUCUGAUGACUAUGCAGAAGAGUUCCCGCAAAAAUGAACGGAAAGAUGCUGAAGGAUGGGAGACUGUUCACAGAGGAAGACCUGUUCGCUCACGAUCGACAGCAGUGACGCCAAAAGUUUUAUUAACAACAGAAGCUUUAAGGUCAAAAGACGACAGCGAUAAAGAAAAUGUACAUCUUUUUUCGGAUGAAAGUAUACAAAAAGGUGAAACUGUUGGAGACGGACAUGCUAAUACUGUAGAAUCUCGGCCCAGAGAUUCAUUACACCCAUGUGAACAUCCACUCACUGAAAGAACCCAGUUCGCAGUGAGUACAUUGGAUGAUGUUAGGAACUCUGCCAGCAAUUUUUUACAAGACAACUCCAUGCUCUCUUCCGACAUACCUGCUGUUCAUACUGGUGCAGAGUGUGUACUUAUUCAGCAAGCUGACACACCUUCAUUGCAAACCAACGAAGACAAAUUUCCAGCAGAGAAAGCAAAGCUAGAAAAUGAAAUGGACCCUUCAGAUAUCUCAAAUUCUAUGGCAGAAGUCCUUGCUAAGAAAGAAGAGUUGGCAGAUCGUCUGGAAAAAGCCAAUGAAGAAGCCAUCGCUAGUGCCAUUGCUGAAGAAGAACAGUUAACUAGAGAGAUUGAAGCGGAAGAAAACAAUGAUAUUAACAUUGAAACUGACAACGACAGUGAUUUUUCAGCCAGCAUAGGCAGUGGGAGUGUAACUUUCUGUGGUUUGUCUAUGGACUGGAAUGAUGUCCUUGCAGAUUAUGAAGCUCGUGAAUCUUGGCGCCAAAACACAUCCUGGGGGGAUAUCGUAGAGGAGGAACCUGCUAGACCUCCAGGACAUGGAAUUCAUAUGCAUGAAAAACUUUCCUCUCCAUCCCGAAAAAGAACAAUUGCAGAAUCUAAGAAGAAACAUGAAGAAAAACAAAUGAAAGCACAGCAGCUCCGAGAAAAGUUACGUGAAGAGAAAACAUUAAAGCUUCAGAAGCUGUUGGAAAGGGAGAAGGAUGUUCGGAAGUGGAAGGAAGAACUACUGGAUCAACGACGUAGGAUGAUGGAAGAGAAAUUACUUCAUGCUGAAUUUAAGCGGGAGGUACAAUUACAAGCAAUUGUGAAAAAAGCGCAAGAGGAAGAAGCAAAGGUUAAUGAAAUCGCAUUUAUAAAUACUCUUGAAGCCCAGAAUAAACGACAUGAUGUUUUAUCAAAACUGAAGGAAUAUGAGCAGAGGCUUAAUGAGCUACAGGAAGAGCGUCAGAGAAGACAGGAAGAAAAGCAAGCCCGUGAUGAAGCUGUGCAGGAACGUAAGAGAGCUCUAGAAGCAGAGCGACAGGCUCGUGUAGAAGAAUUACUGAUGAAGAGGAAGGAGCAAGAAGCCCGAAUUGAACAGCAGAGGCAAGAAAAGGAGAAAGCUCGUGAAGAUGCAGCUAGAGAAAGAGCUAGGGACAGGGAAGAACGAUUGGCAGCACUCACAGCUGCUCAACAAGAAGCUAUGGAAGAGCUACAAAAAAAAAUUCAACUCAAGCAUGAUGAGAGCAUUCGAAGGCACAUGGAACAAAUUGAACAAAGAAAAGAGAAAGCUGCAGAGUUAAGCAGUGGACGACAUGCAAAUACUGAUUAUGCUCCUAAACUUACCCCUUAUGAAAGAAAGAAGCAGUGUUCUCUCUGCAGUGUCCUGAUUUCGUCAGAGGUGUAUCUUUUUAGCCAUAUUAAAGGGAAAAAACACCAGCAAGCUGUGAGAGAGAAUAGCAGUAUCCAAGGGCGAGAACUUUCAGAUGAAGAAGUGGAACAUCUCUCCUUAAAGAAGUAUAUUAUUGACAUUGUAGUUGAAAGCUCCACUCCAGCAGAACCUGUGAAGGAUGGAGAAGAGCGGCAGAGAAAUAAAAAAAAAGCCAAAAAGAUAAAAGCCCGGAUGAACUCCAGAGCCAAGGAAUAUGAAAGUUUAAUGGAAGCAAAAAAUUCUGGCUCUGACUCACCUUAUAAAGCAAAACUUCAGCGAUUGGCCAAAGAUCUUUUCAAGCAACUACAAAUACAAGACAGUGGCUCAUGGACAAACAAUAAAGUUUCUGCUUUAGAUCGGACACUAGGCGAGAUCGCUAGAAUAUUGGAAAAGGAGAAUGUGGCAGAUCAGAUUGCAUUUCACGUUGCUGGUGGAUUAACAGCCCUUGAACACAUCCUUCAAGCAGUGGUCCCAGUCACAAAUGUGAACACAGCUUUGCGCAUUCCUCCUAAGUCUCUGUGCAAUGCAAUCAAUGUUUACAACCUCACCUGCAAUAACUGUUCAGAAAACUGCACUGAUGUUCUGUUUAGUAACAAGAUUACCUUCUUAAUGGACCUCCUGAUACACCAGUUGACGGUAUAUGUUCCAGAUGAAAAUAAUGCUAUUUUGGGAAGAAAUACAAAUAAGCAAGUGUUUGAAGGCUUGACCACAGGUCUUCUGAAAGUUGGAGCUGUGGUUUUUGGCUGCCUAAUUGCCAAUCGACCAGAUGGAGCCAGCCAGCCAGCUACCCCAAAAAUAUCAACACAGGAAGUGAAAAACAAGCCCUCACAGGGUGAUGUUUUUAACAGUAGAGUUCAAGACCUCAUCAGCUACGUGGUGAACAUAGGUCUGAUCGACAAGCUGUGCAGCUGCUUCCUGUCAGUGCAAGGCCCGGUAGAUGAAAAUCCCAAGAUGGCCACCUUCCUGCAGCAUGCCGCGGGACUCUUACAUGGCAUGUGCACGCUGUGCUUUGCUGUCACUGGAAGGUCGUACAGCAUUUUUGACAACAAUCGUCAGGAUCCCACGGGGCUGACAGCGGCUCUACAGGCCACAGACCUCGCCGGCGUUCUGCACAUGCUCUACUGUGUCCUCUUUCAUGGCACCAUCGCGGACGCCAGCACGGCCAGUCCCAAGGAGAGUUACUCCCAGAACACAGUCCAAGUGGCCAUUCAGAGUUUACGCUUCUUCAACAGCUUUGCAGCUCUUGAUCUGUCUGCUUUUCAGUCUAUCAUAGGGGCAGAGGGCUUGUCCCUUGCAUUCCGGCACAUCGCCAGCUCCCUGUUAGGUCACUGCAGCCAAGUCUCCUGUGAAAGCCUUCUCCAUGAGGUCAUCGUCUGUGUGGGCUACUUCACAGUCAACCACCCAGAUAACCAGGUAAUCGUGCAGUCUGGCCGCCACCCCACAGUACUGCAGAAGCUUUGCCAGCUGCCUUUCCAGUAUUUCAGCGACCCACGACUGAUCAAAGUGCUGUUCCCUUCACUUAUCGCUGCUUGUUACAACAACCGUCAGAACAAGAUCAUUCUGGAGCAGGAGAUGAGCUGUGUCUUACUGGCCACAUUUAUUCAGGAUUUUGCACAGGCUCCAGGUCAGACAGAUAACCAGUCUUAUCAGCUCAAAGGAAAAUGCCUGGGUUCCCAAGACUAUCUUGAGCUGGCUAACAGAUUUCCUCAACAAGCCUGGGAGGAAGCACGGCAAUUUUUCUUGAAAAAGGAGAAAAAAUAAAUGUUUUGCUUGGGUCUG